CAAGUACCAACGGUUCAGCCAUGUCGAAAACUGACACCCCAUUUAUAGAACACGAACUCUCCGUCUUCAGACGCGUUCGCAAGCGUCUCGAAAACAUUCAUUACACAGACACAGGGUACAAAAUUGAAUACCGCACCGCCCUCAGUGACGCACUCGAUAAACUCGCCAGCAGCCCUUUCGCAUCCUUCAACCCAGACGCGCACGACUACUACAUUUAUGUCAAAGGAGAGCGUGCCGGUUCAUGGCUGAAUCCAGACAUCGAUGUAUUCCAAAAACAUGCCACUCCCUCGUCAUUCGGUCGCGGCGAAAAAACCGUCAUGGACCCCACCUACAGACACGGAACAGAACUCAACGCAGCCUCGCUCUCUUUCUCAUCCAAAUACAAAGAUGUCCUAUUUGACAUCGAGUACGAGCUCGCACCAGCCAUGUUCGUCGGCAAAGAAAUUCGACUCAAGCUAUACAAACUCGCCGUUUAUGGCACAGGGGGUCAUUUUGAUUGGCAUCGCGAUUCGACGCGUAGCGAUGCGCAUCAUGGAACGGUGCUCUUUGCCCUAAAUACAGAGUGGGAGGGCGGAGAGCUUAUGCUUAGGCGUGGAGGUGUGGAAACGAGCAUUGACAUGCAUCCUACUCGACUUCCGGGUAAGGAGGGGCUUAGUCCGGUCGUCGUCGGAUUUUAUACGGACACAGAGCAUAAAGUAAUGCCUGUGACCAAAGGCGUGCGACUCGUCCUGCAGUUCGAUGUCGAAGUGGUCGGUAUAUAUCUUCCAAAAGAUAUAGGGGUGUGUUUGCAGAGCGCUGGUAACCGUCGGAAGCAGAUUGCGUCUCGCUUCAAGACGUGCCCGAACGUGGAUGACUCGGACGUAUUGAUUCAAGGGGUGGUGGACGAAAUCAGAGAGUUGCAUGAACGAGGGAGUACAGUCGUCGCAUUCCAGCUCGCCCAUCUGUACCGCAAAGCGAGCGUCAGGGAGGAAUAUCUCAAAGGAAACGAUUCGGCGCUUUUUAACACUCUCAAAUCCCACUUUGAUGUGUCUUUGAGUGCCGUUGUCAUCCGCUUCACGGACGGUGUGGCCGGUGAGACUGGUGACGAGUGGGGGGCCAUUGCGUAUAGCUAUGCGUCAUCGGCGAUGAAGGAUGAGGAUUCAGAGAGCGAAGAUGGGUGUGCGAACUGGCAAGGCAUUGGUAGGGUGUUUAAGAAUGCUUCUUUCCAUCUUCCACAGGCUUCUGCGAUUCAGGAGAUUUCAUGCCAGGAUUUUAUUGAGCAUGUUGGAAACGAGUCCCUGUCUGGCAACACAAAGUAUUUUGGCGCGAGGAUGUUUGUGAAACCGAAGGAAGAGAUGCAGUGAUUUACUGGAUGUUGUUUGUAGAAGCACAUAGCUGUGACUGAGUAGCCACUUCAAUUCGAUUGAUCUGUGCUGGGGAAAUGGAGCCUAGAAAAUCUUCCUCCUGUUCGUCAUUAUAGACUGGCAGUGGAUCCCAGUGCUUUUCUCCCUUUUCUGGAACCAGGCCUAGGCAUAAGAAGUGUUCCGCAGUAGCAUUCCGCAUUUCUCAAAUGAAACACAAGUCUCCUUAACACACCUCACUGUAUUCGAUGCGUAAAUACAUUUGCAUUGUCGAAAGACGUGCCGUGUUGGGAGAGGGCACUCU